AGUUAUUUUUCACGCGAAGAAAACAUUCUGAAAACAUGGCUGCUCACUUGGAGCAACGAAAUCCUGGAGUGUCGUUUGAUUCGUCUUGGUUUGCCGAGAUUAAAAUUAAUUUUUCAGGAGUGAAAGCCCGAGCCGAGACAAUAGGCAAACGUAGGUCAAUAAAAAAAGAAUGGCAAGCCGCAUGGCUUCUACGCGCUGUUUCAUGCAUGGAUUUAACGACACUUUCAGGUGAUGAUUCUACAUCAAAUGUAAGACGGCUGUGUUUCAAAGCACAAAAUCCUGUUCGUUCAGACCUUGUCGACAAACUUGGUGUUGGUCACUUAAACAUAACAUGUGGUGCAGUGUGUGUUUAUCCGUCAAGAAUUCCUGAUGCAAAGAAAGCACUUAGUGACGCAAACUCAAAAGUACCAAUUGCAUCUGUAGCGGCUGGCUUUCCUGCAGGUCAGACGCCUAUGCCCAUUCGUCUUUUGGAAAUCAAAGAUGCCGUGUCAAAUGGUGCAAAAGAAAUUGAUAUUGUUUUAAGUCGAGCGCACGUGUUGCAAGGGAAUUGGGAACAAGUUUAUAAUGAAGUUAAAGAGGCCAGGCAAGCGUGUGGUGAUGCGCAUUUAAAAACAAUAUUAGCCACAGGCGACUGCGGUUCACUUGAAAAUGUGUACAGAGCUAGCAUGGUAUCCAUGAUGGCUGGGUCAGAUUUUAUUAAAACAUCAACGGGUAAGGAAGGUGUCAAUGCCAUCCUACCUGUUGCAUUAGUUAUGGUUCGAUGCAUUCGUGAAUAUUUUGAGAAAACUGGACACAAAGUUGGUUUUAAACCAGCCGGAGGAAUUAGGUCAGCUAAGGAUGCCUUGGUUUGGUUAGCACUAAUGAAGGAGGAGCUUGGUGAUGAAUGGACGUUCCCCAAUUUGUUUCGCAUUGGUGCAAGUUCCUUAUUGGUUGAUAUAGAAAGGCAAUUAUAUCAUCAUUGUUACGGAAGAUAUGCUGCUGGACAUGAGUUUCCAAUAUCAUAACAAAGUGAUCCAUAUAACAAAGUUCAAUCAAUAUCGUAAUAAAUUGAUUUAUAUAGUCAGUUCAAUCAAGAAAAGGGAAAUGAUAUGUCCAAUACUAUAUCAAUAAUUACGAAAAACAAAUUUUCAGUUCUGUUUUGUUUUAAAUAUAUUUUUGUAAUUGAUUUUCGUAUUAUGUAUCAUCUGUAAUUCUGGCUGGAAAGAUGAUCAAGUAUAAAUCGCACGACAGCUCAGCGAAUGGUAAAAACAGGAUUUCAUUUUUGACCAUGGUCUUUGUACUUGUUAAUAUAAACAAGAAAUGAAAAUACAACCCA